AAAACAGGAAACGGAAAUACGAAUACCAGGCUAUCAGUAAGCGUAGAAAAGUAGCAUUUGGAUGCUAUCGCUCCUCUUAGGCUCGCAGGAGUUGUUUGAAUUGCAUUUAACUGCAGCUAAGUGCGAUAAUAUUAGCGUUAUGUGUUAACCUUAACGCUAGAUAACGUAAAUUACUAACUAAACAAGCUAGUUAGAGUUAGCUCACCGCCACUGUGGCUAUUGCUGCAGAGAAGCUGUCAGUCACUGCUGGGAGGGAUUGAGGCGUUAUGGCCGACCCUGCACGGAUCAAACCUGAGGUUACCUCCGAGAGAGCAACGUCUGCCAACGAGGAGCAUCCGAAAUCCGAGGAGCCUGAAGAUGUGCCAGCCACAGCGAAACCUACGGAUGAACACAAAGAGUCAUCCUCGCAAGAUGAGCCCAAACUGGAGGUUAAAUGUGAAAGUCAGGCAGCUGGGGAAGACGAGGAAGAAGGAACCUCCGGCCAACCCAACGCCAAAAGACUGAAGGUGGAACCAGAAAAGAAAAAGGAGAAGCGCCACAAGGUUGAUGAGGAUGAAAUUCAAAAGAUGCAGGUUUUGGUGUCGUCAUUUUCUGAGGAGCAGCUGAAUCGAUAUGAGAUGUACCGACGUUCUGCUUUCCCUAAAGCUGCUAUUAAAAGGCUGAUCCAGUCCAUAACAGGAUCAUCAGUGUCCCAGAAUGUGGUGAUUGCCAUGUCUGGUAUUUCCAAGGUUUUUGCUGGGGAAAUUGUUGAGGAAGCGUUGGACGUUUGUGAGAAGUGGGGAGAUACACCACCACUGCAGCCCAAGCAUAUGAGGGAAGCAGUGAGGAGGUUGAAGAGCAAAGAUCAGAUUCCUAACUCCAAGUACAAGCACAUUCUCUUCCACUGAGGAUGUGCUGUAGAUUGUAUGGGAACUCUGACCGGUAAAUGCUUGAUGUAACAUACAGUUCAGAUAGUGUAAUUAUACUCAUGCAUUACGGUUGUAAAUACAUUGUUUUAUACUUGUGAAAUGUUUCAUUCUUGUUACUUCAUUAAAGAACCAGUGAACUUUUGGUGGGAAAA